UAAAAAAAAAAAAAAGCAUCAACGACGAACUUCCCUGAAGACACCGGCGAGUUUUCUUGACAAAUCGGGACGAAAACUCCUACAAGUGAAAACCAGCUCUGAUCUGCUUGAAAGGAAUUGUUUCUACAAACACAGGAUGGAGCUGAGGCCACUUGUCAUGUGCUUUGCCCUGUGCGUGGUUUACGCCACCAGCAAACCCACAGAGAAGAAAGAUCGCGUUCACCACGACGAACGUCUCAGCAACCUCGAGCACGAUGAUGCAGAUAACUUUGAUUACGACCACGAGGCCUUUCUGGGACAAGAGGAUUCCAAGACGUUUGACCAGCUCACACCAGAGGAGAGCAAAGAGAGGCUCGGAAUGCUGGUUGAACGUAUAGAUGAAGAUAAAGACGGCUUCGUGACCGUUGAGGAGAUGAAGCGGUGGAUUAAACACUCGCAGAAGAGGUGGAUCUACGACGACGUGGAUCGACAGUGGAAGAGUCACGACCUUAACGGAGACGGGGUGGUGUCCUGGGAAGAGUACAAGAAUGCCACAUAUGGAUACGUUCUCGAUGACUCCGACCCGGAUGAUGGUUUCAACUACAGACAGAUGAUGGCUCGUGAUGAGAGGAGAUUCAAAAUGGCCGACCAAGACCAUGACAUGAAAGCCAACAAGGAGGAGUUUACAGCUUUCCUGCACCCUGAGGAAUAUGACCACAUGAAAGACAUUGUAGUGUUGGAAACUAUGGAAGAUAUUGACAAGAAUGGAGACGGUUUGAUUGACCUGGAUGAAUACAUAGGUGACAUGUACAACCAGGACGGAGACGCCACAGAACCUGAGUGGGUGAAGACGGAGAGGGAACAGUUCACCGAAUUCAGAGAUAAAAACAAAGACGGGAAGAUGGAUAAGGAGGAGACCAGAGACUGGAUCCUGCCCAUGGACUACGACCAUGCUGAGGCUGAGGCCAAACACCUGGUCUAUGAGUCCGAUACAGACAAGGAUGGCCGUCUAACCAAGGAAGAAAUCGUGGAUAAAUACGACCUGUUCGUUGGCAGCCAGGCAACCGACUUCGGGGAGGCUCUAACUCGGCACGACGAGUUCUAACUCCUGGCUGCCUCCACAGACUGUGCGUUCAUCCAGCGGGCACUAUGUUAAAACAGGAUGAGCCCACCUAAUGUCAACGCCACGGACAAUAAUUUAUUUGAUUUUUCUGAAUGUGUCCCAUCCUGCACACACUAACACUCUAACUAUGCUUGGCCGGUGUGUUUAGUUGCACCCUCCACUGGUUUUACGUCUCCAGCCUCUGCUCCCACGCUUUAUUCUUUUCUAUGGUAAACCUGGUUAGGAAUAAGCAGUUUUACUGCUUUUUUUAUCCUUUAUUUUUUGCUUUAAGAUUGACGUUACGACACAGUUUUUUUAUCUCACUAUUAAACCUUUUUUAUACAACGGCAAAGUUUAAGCUACAGUCUUUAGUCGAGUUUGAUCCAUUUCUUACUUUUGAUGCACUUGAUUAUGUCAUGAGCUCCAAACUACAGUUUUUUUACACAUUUGUCCUUUAGGUUUAAAGUUAUAAGUGGGAAUGAAAUAGUAAUGCUGGAUUUUUUUAAGAACAAAGUGUAGAUGUUAAAUUCUCAGACAAUAAAUGCUAAAGUCUCAGUGCAAUAGAUCAUGAAUGGGGCUGUGCUGUAUUUACUACUUUGGGUUCAAACUUUGUGUCCUGCAUAAGAGGCUGUUUUGUUUUGUGGCAGAUGAAGGAUUUAAGUAGAAUUGAGGAUAAAGUUGAUUUUAGAUUGGAUCACUUCUGGUGUCUUAACCAAACACCCAAAGAAAACAGUGUUUACCUCCGACUGAUCCGAUCUAAGACUAGCUUUUAAUGACUGAUGGUUUUGUACUCGAAGCUGCUGCUUCUGUUUUUUUUUUUUUUUUUUAAUCCCUCAGCAGUGUGUGCAUGAGUGUGUUUGUGUGUGUAUAUAUGUUACAUAUAUUGUGAUAGCAGAUUUUUAUGUUUUGAGUUUUAUUUGAUUCAGCUGAACUAACUCACUUAUGUGCCAAGCAAAGAGUUUCGAACAUUUUUUUAGUUAGAGAUUUAGCAAAAAAAAAUUUCUUCUUGUAAGAAUUUCUUUCCCACAUCUAUUUGUUAUAAUUGUAUCAUCAGUACCACCAUUUAUAACCACUGUUUUUAAUGGUAGCAGUACGUCUUCAGUAAUGGUUUUGUUUUUACGAGCUCACUGCAGCAGCAAGCCUUUUACUUGUGACUUUACUGUAAAUAAGUCAUUGGUUUGCAAACUGAGCACUCCUAACAAGGUCCUUUUUUGGUUAUUGAGAACAAAAUCUGAAUAAACAAACAAAAAAAGGUCUUUUGUUUUUUAUGUUUGUUUCCAAAAAAUACUUAAAAUGAUAUCCAGUUUUUAUCCCAGUAUUUUGUCUGUUGUAUUGAUGGCAUAUUACUGCCAACACUGUCUUGCUGUAUAAAAAGGAUGGUGCAAACCUUUGGUAGACUGCCAAAGCAACACUUGGUUUAUGUUGAUACAUCAAGGAAAUUAAUUUGUGUAAAGUUUUGAUUAAAGGGAAAAAAAAGUACA